UUUUGCUAUUAAAUCGAGUUCUUUAUUGAAUAGGAUACUACUAGUUUUAUAAAUUGUUUAAUAAUACCGUGAUUGCGUUAUAUAUUUUUUAAAUGAAAUAACGGGUACAAUGAUGUGACUUAUCUCUUUAAAAUAAAUUGAAAUUCAGCUGUACUGCAAUAUAAAUUAUUCGUCCACGAAUAUUUUCAUAAUCAAUAAAUUCAACUAGGGAAUUCAUUGAAAUUAUAAAUGGAAACACUGUUCCAUGUUUGACAAAUGUUUUAAUUUUUGUAUUAGUAAUAGUUAUUUGUAUUUUGUAGAUCCGCAAAAUUUUUAUUUUGUAAUUUGUAACUAAGGUUUAGAACUGAUAAAAUAGUACUAUUGGACCUAGAACAAUGAAUAUAGAAAGUGCUGCAAUUAAUAUCCUCAAGCGAGGCGUUGAAUUAGACACAAAAAAGAGAUACACCGAAGCGCUUGUAUGUUACCAAGAAGGACUUCAGAUUCUAGUGGAUAAGUUAAAAGGUGCACCAGAAGAAUCAACCCGUGCCUAUCUAAAAGAAAAAAUAGAGGAAUACAUGAAUCGGGCAGAGUUUAUAAAAAAGUUGGUGCAAAAACAAAAGGAGGUUGGUCAGUUCCACGAGCAGAUUCAUAUAGAAAAUAAUUCGACAGGGCACAGCUAUAAGACAUUGUUUGGCAGGUUUUUGGAUGAGGAUGUUGAGUUUGUUAUUGUUGAAGAUCCAUAUAUAAGAAGUUUUCAUCAGUGUCAAAAUUUCCUCAGACUAUGUGAGUUGUUAGUGAGAUCUUGUCCAAAUUUAAAACAUGUAGAACUAGUAACAUCAAGGGAUUCUAAAUCAGAGAGUGAGCAGAAAGAAAGGUACAGGGAUUUAGCCAAUGAUCUGAGGAGAUACAAUGUACAACUCAAUGCAAAGUUCUCCGACACACUUCACGAUAGACAAAUUAUAUUAAGUUCCGGUUGGAUUAUAAAAAUUGGGAGAGGUCUUGACUUUUAUAAAGCUCCCGAGAACAAAUUCUGCCUGGGGGUUUAUGACUUGGACUUGAGGCCUUGUCAUGAGACGACUGUAGAUAUUGUGCAUUCAAAGAAUGUAAAACAAUCAUAUGGAUGAUGUUUUAGGUUUAAAUGCAAAUUAUAGGAUGGACAAUUUUGUGAGCUGUGGCUGUGUUAAGUAUAGUCUUUGAUUUAUAGCUGUUUUUAAUAAACAAUCGCAAUCUCAACCUUCAAACUGAUUCCGAGAAUGCGUAUAUAAAAAUAAUUUGUUAGAAUGUUAAAAAAAAAAUUGUUCUUAUUCAGGUCCAUUUUUGUGAUAGAUCGAGAAAAUGGAUUGGGAUUGUUUAUUGAAAGUGGCAGUUAGUAUGAAAUGUUAAGUUACUUUUAAGUGUUUUGAUACUAUUUGUAUUGUCAUGGAAGUUACUUAAAACAACCAAGAGAUUUGUUUUGUUAUUCAAUCAAGUUAAUGAGAGUUUGUUGUGUAGGUAGGUGUAUGUAAUAAUAUAUCUGAUUUUGUAUUAUAUGCAAAAAAAUGUUUUGAUAUUUUUUCUAUAAUUAUAAUUGAAUAAAUUGUUAAAUAAAAUCAUAUGUAAUAACGAUAUUUCAUAUUUUUCUGCUGUAAUUGCAAUCAUAUUCACAAAUUUUGUUUUAAAACCAUAAAAAGCACAUUUUAAGUAAAUAAUAAUUAACGGCUGUCAUCAAACUUUGCAAAAACAAAAUUAUUACACCAAAUAUAAUUAUAAAGAAUAUGUAGGUAGAUAUUUCGAGGCAGAACCCUUCUGCAAUGAUUUCUUAUAAUUUCUUAUAAAAUGUUAUUGAAUAUAAAAUGAUUAAAAGUAAUUGUGAUUAAUUCUCUAAGGGAUAAAAAAAGUCGGAUUCAUUUUGUUAUAUACUUUAUUUGAAACGAUAACAAUGUCGCGAGCUGUAUGCACAUUCCAUACAUGAUAUCUACAAAUAUUUUCAAUAUAUUGUAUGUACUUAUUACUACGUACAUAUAGUUAGUGGUGGUAUUCAUUGUGUACAAUAUGGACCAAUACAAAUUGGAUAAAACUUGAAAUUAACUUAAGUAGUUUAUUGAAUGUUAUUUUUACUAAUUUAUAAAAUUUUCAUGAAAUAUUCAGAACAAAA